AGAGAGAAUGGUGCAGAGAUAUCAUGAGUGAAAUAACGGACUUAAGGAAGGGAGGAGAGUAAGAUGAGAUGGGGGUAAAAGUGAUGAUAAAAUUUUGAAAGGAGAGAGAAAGAUCGAGAGAGCCCUCACACUGUAGGAGUGGUUUCUCAUCUUCUCUUUAAAGGUCCAGAUCCGUAUAAACCAUCACUCUCUAGAGAGAGACUUAUUGUGACGCACACCUGCUGGGGAUAUGCCGUUUAAUGUUGUGUUGAAAGGUCCAGCACCAUGGGGUUUUCGACUUAUUGGAGGAAGGGACUUCAGUCAACCCCUCACUAUAGUCAAGAUAUCUCCAGGAAGUCAAGCCUCCAGAGUCAACCUGUCUCCUGGUGACAUUCUCUUGGCAAUAAAUGGAGUUUCUGCAGAAAACAUGAUGCACUGUGAGGCUCAGAAUCUUAUAAAGGAUGUGACUCAUCAGCUUACUCUUACUGUUGAAAGACCAGAGACAAAAUUGUGGUCACCCAAUGUCACAAAAGAUGGCCAAACCAAUCAGUAUAAAGUCAACUUAGAGGCAGAGAGACAUGAGCACAGUCCUAUUGGAACGGGCCAUAAUCGUAAGGCGGCCCCUUUUGUGGCAGCAGGUAACAUUGAUGACACACGACAGGUGGUGAGCCCAACGUACAACUCCCCUAUUGGCCUUUAUUCUUCAGGCAAUAUCCAGGAUGCCUUACAAGGACAACUCAAGGGCCUCAUCCAUAGCAAACCAGAGAGUCCCAGGAAACUUAGCUGUAUAGAAGAGUCAGCUGUGUAUCAGAUGCUGCAAAGAGAUGAAGAUCAGGAGCUGCAUGAACCGCGACAGUCUGGAUCUUUUAAAGCAUUACAGACUUUUAUCAAUAGUGAAGGUACACGCCCAUUAGUGACACGCAAGGUCCGCGCCCCCACAACCAAACCUUCUCCCGCUGGGAACUUACACAAACUGCCCAUGUGUGAUAAGUGUGGUAAUGGUAUUGUUGGGAUGGUUGUCAAGGUUCAGGAUAAGUAUUGUCACCCAGACUGUUUCGUGUGUACAGACUGCGAGGAAAACCUAAAACAUAAAGGAUACUACUUCAUAGACGACAAGCUGUACUGUGAAACUCAUGCCCAUGCUCGGGCAAAACCUCCUGAGAGUCCUGACCUCUGACCUGGUCCAUUUAGACUCAAUAUGGGUCAGCCACUGUUGAGUGCAUGAACAUUUUGAAUAAAGAUACUGAAGUCUCAUCACAAAAUAUAUUUUAUCCAGAUACUAAAACACACAAGUUUAUGGAUAGCGAAUGAACAGAUUUUAGUUGUUUUGUCUUGGUUGUUUCGUGUGUGCUGGGAUGCAGUGUUUUGCACUUUGUAUAAAAUUAGUGUUAAAUAAACAAAGGUUUUAUGAAUAAAGAUAUUAAUUGCCAUAACUUGAAAAC